AUGUCGUCAUGCCCAUUCUUCUUCAGUCCCGUGCCCAGCGCGUUGAGGCUUGCCGCCUCCUCUGCGGCAACGCGGCCUGUGCCGCAGCUUGCGUUUGCUGCCAGACAAGAGGAGGAGCAGGGCCGUUUGGCGAUAGGGCCAGGCAAUCGUAUUCGCCCGGCGGGCGUUGCGGACUCGAGCAACACCCGGGUCGAGGAUUUUCAGGCCCGCCUCUUUGCCUUUGAGGCCCGUCUCAUUGCUUAG